AUGGCAUCAUUAACUAAAAUCAACUCCCUUUUUCCAAACCCAUCUACAAUGAAAGACGGAUAUAGCUUUGAAAUAUAUAUAAAUGUUAGUGAACAAUUACAAGAAGAUAUUGGGAUUAAAGUUAUUUAUGUUGGGUCUUCUUUUUCAAAUGAAUAUGACCAAAUAUUAGAAGACAUUGCGGUUGGUCCAUUAAGCGUUGGAUUAAAUAAGUUUACUAUAACUACAGGACCAAUUGAUAUGAGUAAAUUACCAGAUGAUGAGAUAUUAGGAAAUACAUUAAUAUUAAUUUCUGCUUCUUAUAAAGACAAAGAGUUUUGUAGAAUUGGGUAUUAUGUUAACAAUGAAUUUGAAGGCAUUGACCCUACUAUUGAUGUUGUUAAACGAGAAAUGCUUGUUCCAGAAAAGAUUACUAGAACACUUUCAGAGCCAAGAGUAACAUUAUUCCCAUGUUAUUGGGAUAAAGAAGAACAUAUUGAGAUGAUUGAAGAAAACCCAGAAGAACUUGGUCGCGUUAUAUCAUUUUCUGCUGAUGGAACUAUUCAAUCAAAUGAAACAGAAAAUGAUAAUCAAAUGGAGGAAAUACAAUUAAACCCAGAAAUCAAAAAUCAAAUUAGAAGUGCAUUAGGAGUAGAUGGUUUAAUGAAGAAACAAAAAAAUAUGGAUGAAGAUGAUAGUGAAGAUGAAAUGGAACCAAUGGAACAAUAA